CAAAGAUUUAAUACAACAUUGCAAUGGAGAAAAAUUUAUUCGCCGGGUGCGGAACCUUCGGAGUCGUACUUUUGUGUCUUAGCUAUUCGGUUUCUGGGCAAACUACUUGUUCCCCGGAUCAGUUCGCUUGUGCGAAUGGGGAAUGUAUUCCACUUCCAUGGGUCUGCGAUAAGACACCUGAUUGUUCCGAUGGUUCUGAUGAAACCAACUGUGAAGGGGAUGGGAGCUUAAUUGUUGAAAUCGGAAACGCCACUCUACCAUCAGCAGGGGGAAAAUCUGUCGCAGUUUAUGAUGGCGGAGACAGUGUUUUCAUCGUCGGAGGACAAAAUUACAGAUCCGAAAUUUCACAACAGUUUACAAAUCAAGUGGUUAAAUACUCGCUGUCAACGGAUACGGUUGAAGUAGUUGGAAGAUACGAUUGGACAAAUGGUGUAGGCCUGGGCGCGGCAGCCUACGAUCGAGCUACUAAUUCUGUUCUACAUUUUGGAGGGUAUAGUAACUAUCGUGGCACAACUUCUGCCUUUUUUGACGCAUGGAAGUUCAACGGAGAAAAACCGGCUGGUGAAACUAUUUCUCUUCUCCCCAAAGCUUUGUUUAAUACAGCAUACACGUAUGAUAACAAUGCAAACGCUUAUAUAUUUGGCGGACAGUAUAUUAGCAAUGGCGGGAUGUAUAGGUCAACUGAAAUCCUAAGAUUCUCGACUAUCUCCAACGCCACAACCAAGAUGAUCGACAUGCCGGAACAUCUUAUUAGCGCCUGUGCUGUCUGGGAUAAUGCCAACAGCGUGGCAUACAUUUUUGGCGGAAGUUAUGGGCAUAACUCGAACAAGCAGAUUUUCAAGUUCAGUCCUGUAACAAAAAUGUUUGAACUCACGGGAAUCGAGCUUCACACGCCUCCUAAAUUCUGUACUGCGGUGUGGGCUGGGGAUGCAAGAAAGAUUUAUAUCUUACUUAGCGAGCAGUAUCUCUGGUCUGAGUCAAAGUUAUUUCGUUUUGAUCCUGAUUGCGCCACGCAACCAAUAACUGAAGUUGCAGUAACCGGAUUGCCAGACAGGUUUAUCAAUGUCCCGUCUGUUUAUGUGGAAUCUUUGGAAAGGAUUUAUUUCCUUGGUGGGGAAGCUGGACAGGGAGAAAACUUUCGAAAUCAAAUUAUAUAUAUUCAUUUAAACGAGACGUUACCCACCUGUUCGGAACCUACAACUACCGCGGAAACUCAAGAAACUACUAUCACGACGGAAUUACUAUCCUCGACAUCGACCACCUCGGCGUCAACAAUAACAACGACAGCGCCAGUAUCCUCUUCUACGACACAAUUUGAAUUUGAUUGCACCAAUAAACCAAAUGGGGUGUAUCCACAUCCAUACUCUUGCAAACUGUAUGUACAAUGCAGUGCUGGAAUAACAUAUGUAUUCGAAUGCCCAAACAACCUUUUGUUUCAUCCUGUUUUACUUGUUUGUGAUUACCCUGAGAAUGUCCCAUGCCAGGUCUGAUUACUCCAUUUGUUCCCAUGUUUUAAACCAAGCAACAAUAAAUCGUUAAAUGUAGCCGUUUCAUCAAAUAAAAAAAAUCACAGUGCAGAACAA